AUUUUUCUUUUACACGCGGCGCCAGACUAAAGAAGGUUAAGUUCGAGAGUGUUGCGCUUCACUUUGCUUAAAAUAUUUAAUUUCUAACUGAAAUUAAAUGAAUUAAGUUUGCGCAAAAUGUUUGUGUUAUACGAAACGCCGGCGGGCUACGCCAUUUUCAAAUUACUCGACGAAAAAAAACUGGAACAAGUGGACAAUUUGUACUUGGAAUUCGAGACACCCGAAAAGGCAAAUAAAUUACUCAAACUCAAGCAUUUUGAGAAAUUCAAUGAUACCACAGAAGCGCUGGCAGCGGCCACCGCAGCCGUCGAGGGCAAAGUAGCCAAGCCACUGAAGAAAACAUUGAAAAAACUCCUCGUGGAUGAUGUGCAAGCAUCGCUGCUGGUCGCCGAUGCCAAACUGGGUACUGCGAUCAAGGACAAACUGUCGGUGCAAUGUGUCUACAACACUGGUGUGCAGGAGCUGAUGCGUUGCAUACGCCAGCAGGCGGACAGUCUGCUGGGUGGUCUGCCCAAACGUGAGAUGACCGCCAUGGCCCUGGGCUUGGCGCAUUCGCUGUCACGUUAUAAGCUGAAAUUUUCACCCGACAAGAUCGAUACGAUGAUUGUGCAAGCACAGUGUCUGUUGGAUGAUCUAGACAAGGAGUUGAACAACUACCUGAUGCGAGCACGUGAAUGGUACGGUUGGCAUUUUCCCGAGUUGGGCAAACUGAUUACAGACAACAUUGCGUUCGUCAAGACGAUUAAACUGGUGGGCACCAGAGAUAAUAUGGCUGCCACCGAUUUGUCAGACAUAUUGCCCGAGGAUGUGGAACAGCAAGUGAAGGAGGCGGCUGAGAUCUCCAUGGGCACAGAGAUCAGUGACGAGGAUGUACUAAACAUACAAUGUUUGUGCGAUGAAAUCAUUUCCAUCAAUGAUUAUCGCACACAUCUGUAUGAUUACCUCAAGGCACGCAUGAUGGCCAUGGCACCCAAUCUCACAGUGCUUGUGGGCGAUACUGUUGGCGCCCGGCUCAUUGCCCAUGCGGGUUCGCUGAUCAACUUGGCCAAGCAUCCCUCGUCUACUGUACAGAUCUUGGGUGCUGAGAAAGCCCUUUUCCGUGCCCUGAAAACCAAGAAGGAUACACCCAAGUAUGGUUUGAUUUACCACGCACAGCUUGUGGGACAGGCGAGUCAAAAGAACAAGGGUAAAAUGUCACGUUCGUUGGCAGCGAAAGCAUCGCUAGCAACACGUGUGGAUGCGUUUGGUGAGGAGGCCACCUUCGAGUUGGGAGCCACACACAAGGUCAAGCUGGAGGCGCGACUGCGGCUACUGGAGGAGGGCAAUCUUCGCAAAUUGUCGGGCACUGGCAAAGCCAAGGCCAAGUUUGAGAAAUAUCAGGCCAAGAGUGAAGUGUUUACGUAUCAGCCGGAGGCGGAUAAUACGUUACAGGUGAAGAAACGUAAGCAUUCGGAAGUUGAAACGCCCGUCAAGCAAGAGGAGGAGCAAGAGGAAGUUGCUGCCGAUGAAUCAGAAAUCAAAACUGAGAAGAAAAAGAAGAAGAAGAAGAAGCAAAAGGAUGAAGAGGCUCCAGAGCCAGAAGCAGCUGCUCCAGCAGAGGCUGAAGAUGAAGCGCCCGCACAGCCUGCCAAGAAAAAGAAGAAAUCAAAACAUCAAGAAUAGAUGGGGGCGCUUCUUACUACAAAUAACGCUUAAGUUGAUAGUUUUUAGUUUUUACUCUCUAGUUUUAAAACCCUAUUACUGCAGUCUUAGCAUACAGUUUUAUUUUAUUUGUGAACUACAUUCGGAAUAAAAAUGUAACAUACCAAGACAUUGAAA